AGGCCAGCCCUAGCUCUUGGCCUGAGUUUCCAGAAUCUGUAAAAUGGAAGUGUGGACUCGCACCUUCUACGUCUGACGUGUGUGAUCUCGAGAGAAACCUCCAUGCAUUGGAAGCUGUCAGACGGACAUCAUAGUUGGCAGCAUUCCAAAGAAGCCCACCCAGGGGACCUUGCAGACCUGCACUUGUGCUAGGUAUCAGCAGGAGCCCAUUGUGCUCCUUGUUUUGCAUCAGGUGAACUUGGCUGAUUUUCACGUGGAAUUCCAGACCUCCCUGUUUUAAGCUUUAAGUCCAUGGCCCAAAAUGACUCUCCCACUGGACACUCUUUUCUGUAAAGACAAUAAGGAGACAGGAGGCUGUGAUGAGCAUGCCACUGCAUCAGGUUUCGGCCAUUCCAUCCCAGGAUGCCACCUCUGCUAGAGUCUACAGAAGUAAAACCAAAGAAAAGGAGAAGGAAGAGCAGAAUGAGAAGACUUUGGGACGUUCCAUGAGUCAUUCAAGUAUCAUUUCUAAGGCUGGGAGUCCUCCGUUGGUGUCGGCUCCAGUGUCUGCCUUCUCUCGCACUUCUGUCACACCUUCCAAUCAGGAUAUCUGCAGUUCCAGUGCAGUGUUUUCUGAGUGUUGUCACCACAGUCCCAUGCAGUCUGCUGUUGUCUUGAAAGCUCCUCAGUGCCAGAGUUCUCUGACACAAGGGCUCACUGUGACAGUUAUCUGUAAAGACACAUUACAGGCAUCAAAGAGAAAUUCCGGUGGUUCAGAAUGGACCCAGGCCUGGAAGCCUGAUCAGAAUACCAAAGCCAGAAGAACACUCAAGUUCUCAAAAUCCUUAAGUGAUGUGGGGGAGAAGGCCCAGGACCCUCUGGAAAAUUUUGACUAUGCGGAAAGAACUUGCUCUGAAGGGAAACUGAUACUCUCUCAAGAUCCAUAUCUCAGAAUUGACAGGUUCCAUCAUAAAGAAAAAAGAACUCUGAAUUGCAAACCUCUUGGCCAUUCCAAACAAUUUUGUGUUUCAUCCCUAUUUGCCAAUAAUUCAACUGCCUCAGAGGUGGGAGGUGGCAAGGAGGGCAUGCAGGUCCCUCUUUUGGAAGAGAAAGCUGAUGGUGAGGCUGUUUCCAGAAGCCAGAGACUGUUUAGGAACCUGUUCUCCCUCUUGCAUGGCUUGAGUGUCAACAGCCUGCACAGGUUCCAUGAGCUGGAGAGCCAUGCAGCUCACCUGCACUCUGCCAAGUCCUCCAGCAGGCUGGCAGGGAGCACAGGCUUCUGCUCUGAUGAAAUGGGAGAUGAUGACGUCUUUGAAGACAACACAUCCACAAAAUUGAAGCAUAAGGUCCUGUGGGCACCCCUCUGCUAAGUGGAGAAGGACAGUGACCUGGAUUAUUGUUCUCCCCUCUCUGAACAAUGUCCCCCCAUCUCUCCUGUGUCCACGUCAGGGGAUGCCUGCAGGAUAUGUCACUGUGAAGGGGAUGAUGUGAGCCCUCUGAUCACCCCCUGCCACUGCACAGGGAGCCUGCACUUUGUGCACCAGACCUGCCUGCAGCAGUGGAUCAAGAGCUCUGACACACGCUGCUGCGAGCUCUGCAAGUACGAGUUCAUUAUGGAGACCAAGCUGAAGCCUUUGAGAAAAUGGGAGAAGUUGCAGAUGACAGCCAGCGAGCGCAGGAAGAUCAUGUGCUCAGUGACAUUCCAUGUCAUCGCCAUCACCUGUGUGGUCUGGUCCUUGUAUGUGCUCAUUGACCGCACUGCUGAGGAAAUCAAGCAGGGACAGGCAACAGGAAUCUUAGAGUGGCCCUUUUGGACUAAAUUGGUGGUGGUGGCCAUUGGCUUUACUGGCGGACUUCUUUUUAUGUACGUUCAGUGCAAAGUGUAUGUGCAAUUGUGGAAGAAACUCAAGGCUUAUAACAGAGUCAUCUAUGUUCAAAACUGUCCAGAAACAAGCAAAAAGAAUAUUUUUGAAAAAACUACACUCACAGAGCCCAACUUUGAAAAUAAAGAUGAACGUGGAAUCUGUCAUUCCGACACAAACUCUUCUUGUUGCACAGAACCUGAAGGCAGUGGACCAGAAAUCGUUCACAUCUGAUUGUGUGGAGGGUAUAGUUUUCCUGGACAUCCAUGAACAGUUCACAGAAAUUGUUUACUGCCAAUUGUAUACCUUUUCUUACAUGCUUUAAUAGCACAGAUUGGACAGGUGACUAUUUAAUGAUUUCUCUUUUUCUAAACCCUCUUCAUGGAAUAUCUUGGAAAGCUCUUACAUCGGCUGGACAUGUCUAGGUUCCACUUCUACCUGCACAUCUAUGGGAAGGGAAUGUGGAAGACUCAUGACAUCAUGACAGGGAGCUGGCACAUGAUGUCUCGAGCAUAAGGAGGGAUAAAAUGUCACACCUGAGGGAAGAACAGGAGCAGGGUGGCACUCAGGCCCUGAUGUACAACUCUUUCAAUUGUCAGCAGACCCCACCCUGGAGCAAAGUGUUUGGGAAAGUCUAGUCAUGGUGCAAGGAUUUCCCUCCUCACUAAGGAGAGCCCAGGGAGGCAAGCUCCCUCUUCCAUUGCUGCCACUGUCAGUUCUCAGCAGGUGGACCAUGGUGCUCUGUGCAUGGUGGCAAGUGAUUUCACUAAGCAAACAGCACUUUACAAGAAAAGAAUCUAUAUUGUGUGUAUCCAGUAAGAUUGAAACUUAAAAGAGUGUCUCAUAUAGAUAGAGACCUUCUCUUCAUGACCCUGAUUAUCUCUUUUAUGUUAUAAAAGAUCUAAAACCCUGUUGCCUUUUGUCUUUUGAGAAGUGUGACAUCUAGUCUUGUGUCCAUUAAAGACUUGUGACUAUAAUGCCACACAAACAGGUCGGACACUUUCUUAUAACAUCUCGUGGGAAUUAAUGGAUUCUAAAUGGCAAUUUGAGCCUCAUUCCUAUGGUUUCAAGCUUGUUUUAUGACAAGUCUAUAAAAGAGCCUGCCCCAAACAUUUGAAAAUAUUUUUUUGGUCAACACUGAAAAGGAAGAGUGUAUGAGCUCUAAAUGAAAGGAAAAGAAGUGAGUAAUUAAAACAAAACUGAGUAUUUAGAAAUCAUUCCCUUAUAGACGAACCUCUCUAGUCUGUACUGGCCUCACACUAAAAGAGUAAGCAUGCACCAACCCAGUCUAGGGUGUGUCCACUGUAGGUGCUCCUUGGCUCCUGCCAUCUUAGCUAGCUUCUGUACCCGAGAAGACAGACAGACACCCGAGAGAGGCAGGCAGGCUGGCUCUGGAACAAAGGCCAAGAAUGAGCCAGGGUCAACUAUGUUACUGCCCUUAGCCACACUCCCAACCAUUUGUCGCCUUAAUUGGACUGAACAGAGGUGAUCUUUUAGGAGCCCCUGGCCUUGCGAUCAGUCUAUUCUGUCAUCAGGGAUUAUCUCCCAUACCAUUUUUCAUAAAACAAACAAAACCAAAAUCACUACCAAAAAGUCUACUUAAAAUUCUGUUUUUAAAAACUAGUUUCAUUGCUCCAGGGAAAUGAGUGAACUCCAGGAAACUAGGUCAGGAGGAUCUGCCAUGUAACACGGAUAUCCCAGGUGCUGGCUUUCCAGGUGUCUAUGCAUGUGCCUGGGAGUCCUGCCUUUAGUCCUCUGAGCCUUAGAUGCCUCAUCUGUUGUGUUUAGAGGAUGAAGCAAACACAAGAUGAGUCCUUUGCUUUCCCAAGGGGAAGCCCUGUGGCUUCUUUUAGAAACCAGAAGGAAGCUAAAGGGUGCCUGAGCUCUCGGGGAGUGUAUGUGGUAGCUGACUGUGCUCUGCCACCUCUUCCCAUCCAGCAUCUGACUCUUCAGGAUUAUGGACUCUGAUCUAGAGAGCUGCACUGCCAUCAUCCUUCUCUGGCUGGGCAUCACACCAGCCCCUGAAAAUUGAUCAGUUUACCUUCUUGCUGUCCCCCAGCCACAUCCAGCCCAUGCCUGUGUGUUCACUGUGCCUCAAAGUGCAAUUACCCACCUCCCUUCUCGGCUUGGAGACACCAGGCAGACUGCUUACUCAGGGUUGCUGGAUCCUGCUCAUCUCUGAUUCUGCCCCUUCAAAAUGGCCUAAGGAAGGUCCUGCGUCUGCCACUUUUUAACGGCAAGUGAUGAGUCAUGUGAAGACAGGUAGAUUUUUAAGCAGGAAUCUUUUCCUUUACCCUGAUAGAAUCCCUUGUGCUGAGUUUGAAAAGUACUGAGACUUCCCAUGGAGAGGUAAGUGUGCUUUUGUAGAACUAGCCCCUGGGCAGCCCACCCUUUACAGCUGGUGUCCCCUAUGGCAAAAGUGCUUUUGUACCCAUGUUGUGUUGCUCCCAAGCCCAACCAGAUUUUUAUGAAGCCCUCUCUCCAUCUCACCACCUCCUACCAAGUUCCAAAAACUUCUCUGCCUGUGGAGGUCUGGCCCAGGUCCUUCUUUUCUUUCCUGGAAAGACACACAGAUGCUCCCUUGCCUUUCUCUUUCCUUGGCAGAUUCUAGUUGAGCACCUUUGACCCCAUUCUUAGUCCCAGGUCUAAUAUUCCACC